UUAACUACGUGCACUGCCGCUAAUGUAUCGGAAAUUCAGAGAUUUAUACGGACUGUAGACAUUCACAGUUUUAGUUGUGACACAGGCACGGUUCAACUUGGUCAAACCACAAUUACGUAUUGGCAUAUAGUUCUAGGUGAAAAUCGGAAUUUGGCUAUUUUAUGAUAAAGAUAUGGGAAGGGAAAGGGGGAUAACGUGCCUUAUAUUUGUUGUAGUACCAGUCAUCUGUCUCAGCCAAGACACAAGGUCCCUUUCAAACAUGAAAAUCAACUUCCGGACAGACAACUACAGUAACCAUAUUCUCGGACAUCACGAUGACCUCUACUUAAGAGAUAAAUAUUUUGGCUGGCUAAAUCGAGUUGCCGAGUCCUAUAAAGACUCGUACAUACCACUCGGUGCAAUGAGAAGAACACUACGGUCGUUUAAAAAUGACCUUGACACUCUAACAUCAAUCAAACGUGAGAAGGAAGAAUACGAAAAUUUGAAGGAUUUACAGUUCUAUGGUUCAGAGACUCCGAAGAAAUUUACUGUCAAAAGACUUUUUUCACCGAAGUAUUUUUCAUUGUUGAAUACAAACUACAACGUUAAAGGUACGCCUGACAUAGAAGAGGUUAAUGAACAACGCAGUGAUGAAAGUGGUCUGAAACAUAGUGUUGAAAAUGAGACUUCACAACAUUCAGAAUCAACACACUUGGGUCAUUCAGAAUCAACACACUUGGAUGAAAAUGAUCCGCCUUUAGUUUCAAAGUCUUCUAUGACUUUUAAUGUGCCUGAAAUAACCAAUGAUUUACAUUCGUCUAGAAAUGAAAACUUUUAUCCGGACACUGUUCCCAUAUCAAACACGUUUGAAUCACUCGGCAAUACCGCGGAUGGAAAGGAUAUUGCGACGUCAAAGCGAUCCGGUCGUCGUUUCCAACCAGACGUUUGCAAUAUGGACGACCUGGAAAUUGACGUUACAUUUCAUGAGAUGAUGGAUACGGAAGCUGGGUUGUUCAGGCUGACCUGCACGGGAACAGUUAUCGUCAAUAAAUGCGAAGGCGCGUGCAACUCUCAUGUAAAGCCUAGUGUAAAUAAUUAUGAUGGAGUUGAAAGGCAAUGCUCUUGUUGCAAAGAUGCGUCGAUAAGAUCAAGAACCGUUACUCUCUCUAUGUGCACCUUGGGCCCAGAGGAAGUUCACGGCUACUCUAUAUCUCGGACCAUAGUGGAGCCGACUGCGUGCUCGUGCCAGCAAUGUCGGAACUGAGAGCAGCCAACUGUGGAACAGAAUUUAUUCCACUCUCAUAUUACAUACAUUCCAGAACAAUACUUUUUGAUAAUUUAGGCAUGUGUAGUAUAGGAUCGGCUUCUUCUAAACUGAUGGUGGACGAAAUCUACAAUAAAUGCCUGUAAAUUGAUCGAACCUUUAAUCAUAUGUGCAUUUGUAGUUGACCACAAGGAAUUUAUUCCAGACUAUUUGCCUUUAACAUUGUGGGACAACAAUUUCAAUCAAACUGGCACAUCUGGUAGAUCGAAAACAGUAACAGUGUUUUAUGUUUAAAAUGAAAAGGAAAGGGACUGGUUGCCAACAGACAAUAGUCGUACUGAUUAUACAUGAAAACAUUUUAUACAACAUAUCGGCCCGUCUGGGUUUUAUGCUCCCCGAAGAAGGAAGAAUGUAAUUGUGGCUUUAAUCUUUUAUCCGCCAAACAUUUCUUGCCUUCUUCCGUCAGUCAAAACAUUUAUCCGUAUGGUAAAAGAAGUAAAGACUUUUCUAUAAAACUUUAAAUAGAUAUACAUGUAAAUGAGAAAAAAUGCCGACGAUGAUACAGACCUUCAGUUAUCAAAUUACAUGUCUUUUUUGUACUUAAUGGUUCCUUUGUCUGGAACAUAACUUCAAAGUGUUCAAGCGAUCUCAAUGAAACUCGAUAUUAAGAUAGAUAUCGAUAAAUGUAAGUGCAAAGUGCAGGAACCAUAACUCUUAGCUUAAAAAUAAUUCAAGAUAUAUUCCUUUUCGCAUUUAAUAUUUCCUUGUCUGAAGCAGAACACCAAAAGUAAUGAAGAUAUCUCAAUGAAACUUAGAAAAUUCUUCGCUGUAAAGUAGAUUUACAAAAUGAUAAAACAGCAGAGUUCAAGAACCAUAAUUCUUCCUCAAGUUAUACCAGAAUUAUCUGCUUUUCACAUUUGAUUAUCAAACAUAAGGAUUUCCUUGGGUAACUAUGCACUGCAGAGAUUUCACUGAAACUCGCAAUCAAUAUAAACAGCUAUAAUAGGAAGUGUAGACCAGUAUAACCACAUCGCUGUCACAUGUUCUUGUAGAAUUAAAUCUCCAAUUUUCAGUAGAUUUCCACGUGUAUUAGCACGAUACUAUACUUUGGAGUGGCAACGGGGCCGGUUAAGGGCGCAAGCAUGCAGAAAAAUUUCAAAGCAAUAACAUAAAUGGAGCUACUAUUUCUAGGCCUCUUAAACACUUAUAGUAUAGAAAAGAGAAAUUUUCGUACAGGCACAUAAUAUACAUAUGACCAUCUGACAAAGCCCUGUCUGUGAACAUCCGUUGGCUUCACUUAUAGCAACGAUAGAUGCUUUUGUCGCACUAUGCUAUCUUUCUUUAAAAAAGAAAAUAUGUUAAAGAUGCCAGAACAACGUAACAUCAUUCAUUUUACGAACUUUGACAGAAAUAAGAAAUAAAAACUACUUCAAACAAC